AUGGCUAGUUCAAAUUCUCAAAACGUUAUCCGCAGAAAACUAGUCAUUAUUGGUGACGGUGCCUGUGGUAAAACCAGUUUGCUCAGUGUAUUCACUCUGGGAUAUUUUCCUACGAUCCCGACAGUGUUUGAAAACUACGUAACCGAUUGCAGAGUCGAUGGAAAAUCCGUGCAAUUGGCGUUAUGGGACACUGCAGGUCAGGAAGACUACGAGAGGCUACGGCCGUUGGCUUACUCAAAAGCCCAUGUCAUCUUAAUCGGGUUCUCAGUUGACACACCUGAUUCUUUGGAGAACGUAAAGAACAAGGUACGUGCUGCCCAGCUUGCUAUCAGACGUAUCUUGACGCUGACUCGACUUUGCAUCGGACAGUGGAUUGAGGAAGCGACACGACUAUGCGCUGGCGUCCCCAUCAUUCUAGUAGGGUUAAAAAAGGAUCUUCGAGAAGAUCCAGUCGCAGUUGAGGAAAUGCGCAAAAAAUCUCAGCGAUUCCUCACAACCCACGAUGGAGAGAUGGCUGCUCGGGAAGUUGGGGCGAAGCGUUACCUGGAGUGUUCGAGUUUGAGCGGCGAGGGAGUCGACGACGUCUUUGAAGCCGCAACGCGAGCCGCCCUCCUGACAUUUGAAAAAGGCGAAGGAGGCGGUUGCUGCGUCAUUCUGUGA